UUGACCUCGAUGCAAUGACUUUGUAAUUUACAAGAUCAUCUUGAUAUAUCUGCGCUAUAUCUAGGAAUAACUGUCAAGCUGUUUUCCCGGUUAUUCAACUUUGCCUCUUCGUCACAAGCAAUGCCGCCACCCGUGGCUGACUUGUCGGAUGACGAAUCGACCGGCGAAUCGAUUCCCUAUGAUACCGAUGAACAAAUGGACGAGGUGAAGGGCGAGGUGAAGGACGAGGCGAAGCACGAUGUGAAGGACCGCGAUGAGGACGGCCAGGGCGGCGAGGAAGGCGUUUACAUUGUCGAGAAGAUUUUGAGCCAUCAUUUCCAGCCUAAUGGCACUCUAUUGUUGCGGGUCAAAUGGCAAGAUUACGAUGAUCCUAGUGAUGAGACAUUGGAGCCCGAGGAAAAUUUACUGGAGGGCGCAAAGGAUAUCGUUGAGGAUUAUUAUUCCAGGCUGGGAGGGCGACCAACAAAACCCCAGCCGAAAAAGCGCAAGCCAACACCAGAAAAGACAGAGAAAUCAGAACCGAAGCGGCGAAGAAAAUCGCGAGCUGAUACUGCGACGGAGACGGCUGAAGAAAACCAAGCACCGGAUUGGGCCCCAAAAUCUAAAAGCUGGGAGAAUGAGGUUAAGAAUGUCGAUACCAUAGUCCGUGAAGGUGACGGACUGGUGGCAUUUCUCCACUGGAAUAAUGGCAAGAAGUCGAAGGUCUCUAUCGAAACAUGCUACGAGAGGUGUCCACGCAAGAUGCUCCAAUUUUAUGAACAACAUCUAGUUUUUAGGGAUGCAUGAUUUUCACACUCUCCUGAGGGUUUCUGAGCGGAUAUCCAUAGUUUCUGCUCUGACUAGUUAGUUCGCUCUCAACUCAGGUGGACGGGUGGCUUUUAGUAUCGCUACACAUGAGCUUAGGAUAAUUGCGCAGACAAGAUAUUAGGUUAGUGUUGUCUAGUUAUUGGUAUCAGACUGCUUCUUUUGGUCUACGUGAUAAGUUGCACCUUGGGCAAGGCUGCAAAGGGAUUUGCUGAAUUAGCAUCAAGAGUACUAGUUUAUACUCUUUAAGGUAAGCAAGGAAGCGAGCACAAAAAAGUUAUGAUAAGUUAUAACUCUGCAACUUUUAUUCAACAGCUGCCUGUUCAUAUUCUAUUUCUGCAUGUUAGUUAUCAUCACAUUUUCUAGGGCUGCUUCUUGUUCCUUUAUUAAUUAUUAUUGGUUUUAUACUCGUGAUAUACAUAUCCAGGUGUGC